AUGGCCGCCAAGACCGCCAUCUUUGUCAGCGUCUCCGCAUUAUUGUGGGUGAGUGCUGCAAGUCAAUACCUGGGUCGCGAUCCACUGAUCGGUGGUCUAGGAGCUCCAUGUGGUCCCUGGGGACCGUACGAUGGCAUCGGAUACGACGGCCUGGGAUACGGAGGUCUGGGAGUUGGGGGAUUCAUUGGUCUCGCUCCCGGUAACCUGGCAGCAUCGUGUGGAGGCGGCUUCACUGUCACCAGCACUUCGCCCAUUGCUCCUACCGGCAUUACUGUGACGUCAGAGAACGCCAUCGAAGGUUCUUUGGCUGUGAUUGGACAGCUUCCGUUCCUGGGCACUGUGGUCACGGAAGGCACCUUCCCGUCUAAUGGUAGAGGUCUGGUGUCUUACGGCUGCGGUGAUGGUGCUAUCGGUAUUGUCUCCGAGACGCCGGUGGCAGCUCUAGGGGCGCCCGUCGGUCCGGGACUAGGUUAUGGUCCAGGGAUCCCCCCGGUCGGCUUCGGAUAUAAGGGCAUCGGUCCGGGAUGUGGAUGUGGCGGGUUGUUCUAA